AUGAUUUUAUUUUUCAAAACUUUAUGGGAUUUGAAAACUAAAUUCUUAAAUUUUUUCUGUUCUUCGGAAGAAGAAAUAGUCUAUAAUGCAGGUGAGAUUAUAGAUGAUGGUUCAUCAAGUGUUAAAAAUAGUCCUUCAGAUCGCAGGCGUUGGCGUUUUUGUCAAGAGUGUUUCAAAGAACGAACAAGUCAUGGUUGGUGUAAAGAUUGCGAAACUUCAUAUAUGGUCUUAAAUUUCGAAAGGUGGACCACGGGAAAUGAAGGUCUUGAUAAUUUGAUCCGAAACACCCAAAAAAAUGCAGCCCAAACUUGUGAUUAUUUAGAAUAUAUUGAUUUCAAUGAAUUCGAUUCAAUCGAAUUUAUAGCUAAAGGUGGCUUUAGUGCUGUUUAUAAAGCCGAAUGGUUAGAAGGCCCUAGAUGGAAUUGGGAUGAAAUUGGCCAGAUGUGGUGUCGCAGUGGUCCAAUCACUGUUGCACUCAAAAGAUUAGAUAAUUCUCAAAACAUAUCAAGUGACUUCUUAAAUCAGGUGGAAAGACAUCAUCGUUGCUUACAAAGCGGAUCACUCGCCGAUUGUUUUGGAAUAACUCGUGACCCAACUGGCGCAUAUAUGUUUGUAAUGAGAUAUUACGAAAAUGGUAAUUUAUAUCAAUACCUUGAUAAAUCAAAAGGAAUUAUUAGUUGGAGAGAUAUGGUUGAUAUGCUUUGGGGUGUUGCGGGAGGUUUAGAAAGGAUUCACGCUGAAAAUCGAUUUCAUUCAAAUCUUCAUGGAGGUAAUUUAUUAAUUGAAGAUGAAGCUGUUUCCACCGAUGCUCGUAUCGCCGAUGUUGGACUUCAUGAAAUUGCGGAUCAAUUUUCCAAUGCAGAUGAAAAAAGUGUUAAAGGAAUAGUAGGAUUUAAUUCAUUUAUUACAGUUUAUCUUAUUAGAAGUCCAAUGUUAAAAAUGGAUUAUAUUAUGGAGUAA